GAUUAAAAAAAAAAAGCUUAAACGAUUCGUUUUAAGCCUUCCCCGGCAGCAGUCCAUAAUCCCUUCCCGGCGAAUGAUGGAGAGGAAGUCGACAAGCGGAGCAACAGCAUCGGCGGCAGCAACAAUCAGCAGAGAAGACGCCGCUAAAGCAACCGUGACUGAACAUAUCUCCCAGUCUGUACAAUCCACCUCCAAUCUUCUCCACCUUAUGCAAGCCUCCUCUUCUUCUCAGGCCCAAUUAGCUAAACUCCCAAAGAACCUCCUAGCGAAGGCCUCGGUAAUCAAGAACACGGGGCAAGCCUUGGAACAGAUGCCUGGGGUCAUUUCAUCCUUGGAUGCACAUAUGGAACAUGGAUUACAAAGUGUCACUCAUCUAAGAACUAUAAUCCAAUUACUGGAAAACAUGGGAGGCUGCCAGGCUAAAUCUCUUGCUCAUGUUCAUCUUCCUCAUGAGGAGACCGAGUCCUCAAAUAAAUCUCCAGAAGUAGGUACUUGACUCAUUUUGAAGGCAUGAAAAGAUGCAUUUACUGAUCAAAUCUUCAGAAUCUUGUAGUGUUUUACAUAUAUGUACUUUUCUGCCCCGCGUGUUUCCUCCUCGGAUAUGAAGCGUGUUGCUGAGAUCAUAGUGUUCAUUCUCUAUAAGCUGAAGUGCAAGCAAACUGUGUAUGCGCCUGACUUCUACGAGUAUUUGAACUAAUUCAGUUUGGUUUCAUGGGCAUGCUUGCCAACUGGAAUAGGGAGUAGGGUAAUGUUGUUCGAAAACGGAAAUGCAGAAAUGGGAAAUCAUUUUAGGAAAAUAACGAAAUAUUAUUUUUUAUAAGAAUAUGUUAUAAAUAAAAACAUUUCGAAAUUUAGAA